AUGGCGGACACCGUCUGGAACACAGACACCGGGGAGGCUGUGUAUCGCUCCCGGGACCCCGUGCGCAACCUGCGCCUCCGAGUCCACUUGCAAAGAAUCACAUCAAGCAACUUCCUCCAUUACCAGCCUGCUGCCCAGGAUGGGAAGGACCUCAUUGACUUGGCCACUUUCAGGCCUCACGCUACCGCCAGCGGACACCGCCCAGAUGAGGAUGAAGAGGAGGAGCUUGUGAUUGGGUGGCAGGAGAAGCUCUUUAGCCAGUUUGAAGUAGAUCUGUACCAAAAUGAAGCAGCCUGUCAGAGCCCUUUGGAUCAGCAGUACCGCCAAGACAUCCUGAAGCUGGAGGAUUCAGGGAGAAGGAAGAACCGACGGAUCUUUACCUACACCGACUGUGAUAGAUUCACCAAUUUGGAGGAGCACUGUCGGAAAAUGACCACAGCCAGGGAGGUGCCAUCAUUCUUGGUGGAGCGAAUGGCACACGUCAGGCGGCGGCGGCAGGACAGGCGAGGCAUGGAGGGCGGCAUCCUCAAGUCACGCAUUGUCAACUGGGAGCCCUCAGAAGAUUUCAUCAAGAGCCACCACGUCAUCAACACCCCUCUUCAGACGAUGUACAUCAUGGCAGACCUGGGGCCUUGUGGAAAGCUCGGCUAUAAGCAUUAUGAGCACGUCCUCUGCACUCUGAAGGUGGACAGCAAUGGUGUGAUCACAGUAAAACCUGACUUCACGGGCCUCAAAGGACCCUACAGAAUCGAGACCGAGGGGGAGAAGCAGGAACUGUGGAAGUAUACAAUCGACAAUGUGUCCUCCCUCGCACAGCCGGAGGAGGAGGAGCGGGAGCAGCGUGUGUUCAAGGAUCUCUAUGGCCGGCACAAGGAGUAUCUCAGCAGCCUCGUGGGCACUGACUUUGAGAUGACAGACCCCGGCGCCCUCCGGCUCUUUGUCAAUGGAGAGGUAGUUUCAGCCAAAGGCUAUGAGUAUGACAACCUCUAUGUCCACUUCUUUGUGGAAUUACCAACUACAAACUGGUCCAGCCCAGCGGCCCAGCAGCUCUCGGGAAUAACACAGACCUGCGCCACCAAGUCCCUGGGAAUGGACAAGGUGGCCUACUUCUCCUACCCGUUCUCAUUUGAGGCCUCCUUCCUCCACGAGGACGAGUCAGCCGAGGCUCUCCCGAAGUGGCCUGUGCUCUACUGCGAGGUCCUCUCGCUGGACUUCUGGCAGAGGUACCGCGUGGAAGGCUACGGGGCUGCGGUGUUGCCCGCCACCCCAGGCUCGCACACCCUGACCGUGUCCACCUGGCGACCCCUGGAGCUGGGCACGGUGGCUGAGCUGCGGAGGUUUUUCAUCGGCGGCUCUCUGGAGCUGGAGGACCUCUCCUAUGUGCGGGUUCCAGGGACCUUCAAGGGCGAGCGCCUGAGCCGCUUCGGGCUCCGCACAGAGACCACCGGUAGUGUCACCUUCCGCUUGCACUGUCUGCAGCAGUCCAGGGCCUUCAUGGAGUCCAGUGCUCUCCGGAGAAGGAUGCGGAGCGUGUUGGACCGUCUGGGAGGAUUUAGCCAGCAGAGUUCCAUUCACAACGUGCUGGAGGCUUUCCGCCGCGCCCGGCGCCGCAUGCAGGAGGCCCGGGAAAGCCUCCCCGAGGCAGGACCCCGGGAGCCCCUCGGGGACCAUGGUCUCCUAG